AGCCAUUCAGUUAUUGGUUUUGACGGUUCGCAGGGUGAAGGAUAAACACUGGCGACCUUUUUUGUUUAAAAUGCUGGGUAAACGUGAUGUAGUCAAUCGCAGCAUGGAGCUAUCAUUGGAAAAUCCUAUGUGGCGAGGAGCCGAUCUUGAAGUACCCAUCUCGAAGGAACUGAAGGACUUGAAGCAUGCAGAAUUUAUAGAAAAGAAGCGCCGUCAGCAAUUGCGCACCGAUUGUGAAGAAUUGCGGCAGCUAGCAGAGCAUUUAAGACUGGCUGCUAUCACUAAGGACCUUUGUGAGCAGAGAGCCGAAUUGCAAAAGUCCCGUUUGGAGGCUGAAAAGGACAAGGCCAAGAGCCAUCAAUUGGCUGAAACGGAAAGAUUACGGUUUCUGGCCGAAGAACAGAAAAAAGAGGUUGCUCUUAAGGAACAGCAAAAAAAACUGCGUGACUGUUUAGCCUUGCAAAUGGAGCAGACGCAACAGCGUCGUAAAAAGGAAUGUGUCGAGACCGUAGCAGAUCGAGAACUUCGUAUGGCCUUGCAACUACAAAUCGAAGAGGAAGAUAGAGCUUUGCAAUACCAUCUAGAACAGGAAAAGAUCAGAAAACGCAGGGACAUGAACCGGUUAAUCGAGGAGAAAAAAACAUAUAAGGAAUUUAAAAAUAAGGAGGAAGAGGUUGAAUUGAAAAAGGCUUUGAGGACCCAAACCCAGAUGGACGAACGGAAGCAAAGACUUGAUCACGAGCGUCUUGAAGUUCGACGCAAGCACGAAGAGAUUACCACACAAUUGGGUUAUCAGCUCUAUAAACUAGACAGUGAAAAACGGCAACGGGAGAACGUGCUUCUCGAUUUGCUUGAGUCAGAAUAUAAGGCCAAGGACGACGAGCGCUUUCGCCACCAGCUGCAACAGGAGGAAAUGGAUCGCAUACGCGUUAAAAAAGAUUUGGAACGAUACCGCGCUGAAGUUUUGCAACGCAAUAAAGAGCAGAUGGAGAUGAGGCGCCAAGAGCUGGCUGCUGAACAGGAGUUGUUAUUGACCAUUAACCCAGAUGCUAUCGAAAAGGAACAGGAAUUGGCUGAACAACAACGUCGUAGAGACCAUGGGAACAUACUCCUGUCUAUGAUUAAGGAAAAUCAACGCAAGCGUGCCAACGCCAUGGCUGAAAAUGUCCAGUUCUUUAGCAUGAAGGACAAAGCCGAUAAGGAACUGCAGGAACGUAUUCAAAGAGAGCGUCUUGAAAUGCUUGACACCCAUGCUGAUACGCUAGCUUAUUUACCUAAUCAUGUCUUGUCUAAGGCAGACCGCGAGCACUUUGGCAUAAAAGGUAAACGUCUAAAUGGCGAUGUCUAAAUGUUAACCGCCUUAUUCCAAAUAAAAUAAAUAAUAAACAAAAA